UUAAAAGGAGCAAAAUCCAGGGAAAAUUAGUUAUUGUAAAGAUUAUUAAUUUAUUGCCAGCUACAGAAAGUUGAAUCUUAGUCAAAAUAAGACUUAAAUUGAAUGUGUUCUUGCAACUGGAAUCAGGAGAUCUAAAGAAUGAGUCAACUGAGAAUGAAGCAUUGAAACCUUACUUGAUGUGGAUAAAACAGUUUACGGAAGAGGGUGUCAAAGCUGAUUGAGUAAGCGCCAGAACCUUGCAAUAAGCUAUGCACUUAAAUUCCUGCUCUGUAAUGUGCUAGCUUUUACAUAAAAGUUACUCAAACCCUCUGUGGUCUUUAAUUCCCUCAGAUGUGACAAAAUGAAGAAUACCUCUUAACCCACUAGGUUGAUGACAAAUGCAUAUAACGAUGUAUAUAAAAGUAUAGUAUAGUUUCUGUACUCAUCAAAUAUUAAGUUGCUUAUACUUAUAAGCUUAGUAGAAAGCGGGCAUGAGUGGAGUAUUAUGGAUUCUCAGGAAGCGUUCCAGUAUUAGAGGAAGGACUGGGGAAUUGUUGGUGAGGCAUUAGAACUUGUUAGAUAAAAGGUGUAUUAGCAUCAUAGAAGAGAGGAAUUGCUUUUUCAACCAUGUCCUAAUUAAUCUCUGACAUUUAGGGUGCUUCUUUGGCUGAUAAUCUGUAGCCCAGAGCUGGGUGAAGAGAAAUAGAUUCAGUUAUCUGACACAGGCAGGCUGUUUCUGUAGACACUUAUUACAGUCAGCCUCCAGGGCUAGGCCUUUGCUCUCAGCUUUGACAGAUGGGGUUUGCUUGAGCCUGAAAGCUGUGUGUUAAGUUAUGCCCGAGUGCUUUGGGGGGAACAUUUCAUAUUGAUCUCAUCACUCUUGUUUUCAUCUAGUGUACUUCAGUAAUCACAAUUACUGCUGUCUGGUGACUCUAUGAGACUCCCUAUAUAGUCUCCUCCUUGGCAACUGGUUUAUCUCUGCUAUGUGAAGAGACUCAAGAGAUGUGACCAGAGUAUAUUUCAACUCACCAUGCUCAUCUUCAAUAACACUACCUCCUCCUCUUCCAGUUUUCUUCUUACUGCCUUUCCUGGACUGGAACUUGCUCAUGUCUGGAUCUCCAUUCCUGUUUGUGGUCUCUACACCAUUGCACUCUUGGGAAACAGUAUUAUCUUGUUUGCUAUCAUCAUUGAACGGAGUCUCCACAAGCCCAUGUACUAUUUUCUCUCCAUGCUCUCUGUUGUUGACCUGGGUCUGACCAUUACAACGCUUCCCACUGUCCUUGGCGUUCUUUGGUUUCAUGCCCGGAAGAUCAGCAUUAAAACUUGCCUCAUUCAAAUGUUCUUUGUGCAUAGCUUCUCAUUCCUGGAGUCGUCAGUGUUGGUGGCUAUGGCCUUUGACCGUUACCUAGCCAUCUGUAGCCCUCUGAAGUAUGCUACUUUCCUCACAGACACGAUGAGCUUGGUGAUUGGACUGAUCAUCUGUAUAAGACAAGUGUUUUUCAUGUUUCCCUCAAUUAUAGUUGUGAACAGUGUGUCCUUCCAGGGAGGCCAAGAGCUUUCCCACCCAUUUUGUUUCCAUCCAGAUGUGAUCAAAUUCACAUACACCAACCCCUGGAUCAGCAGUUUUUGGGGAAUGUUUCUUCAGCUCUACCUGAAUGGUACUGAUUUAUUGUUCAUUCUUUUCUCCUACAUCUUGAUCCUUCGUACUGUUCUGAGCAUUGUGGCCCCCAAAAAGCAACAGAAAGCUCUCAGCACAUGUGUCUGCCACAUCUGUGCUGUGACCAUUUUCUAUGUGCCAAUGAUCACACUGUCUUUGGCACACCGUCUCUUCAGUUCUACCCCCAGAGUGAUCUGUAGUGUUUUGGCCAAUAUGUAUCUACUCUUGCCUCCUGUGCUAAAUCCAAUCAUUUACAGCUUGAAGACCAAGGUUAUUCGACGGGCCAUAUACCGGCUACUCCGAAUCAAGAGUUCAAGGGACUACAGUGUAAGGAGCCUCAGAGAAAGGUGGGAAAGAAGGAGACAGUUUUCUAGUACAUGAACUAAGGUUAAAAGGGAAGAUGAUUGGUUAGUGUUAUCUCCAGGUAUUAUGAUUAGUAAGCAAAUCCCAACUGAGUUAAGGAGAAAGUCCAUAUAACCUUGAAUUUAUGAGAGUUUUAAAAAGCACAUUUCAAAGUCAAUUUGUGAGCAAAUGUGUAAAAUGAUGAUGUUUGAAACACUUAUAUGGACUCUCAUGUGCAGAAUGAUAUUUUCCUAACCUGUGAGGUGGCACCAUGAGUAGACACACCUGCUGUUAAAUCUGAAGACCUGGAUUUGAUCACCUGGAGAGGAGAGAACUGACUCCCGGAAAUUGCUCUCUUACCUGGGUCAAUACCAUGGCACAUAUGCAUGUAUGCUUGCGCGCGUGCGCGCGCACAUACACACACACACACACAC